AUGCUGGACCGUCAUGUUGUUUUAAGUAUUUUUGUGGUCUCAAUAAUUAGUGUUGUCCAAUCAGAUUCUCUUUAUGAUGCAUCUGAUCCCAUAUUAGAGUUAUAUACAGAUACUUUUAAUGAGAAUGUCUAUGCAAGUAAAAAAGGACAUUUCGUAGAAUUUUACUCAAGUUGGUGUGGAGCUUGUAUAGGGUAUGCCCCAACAUGGAAAAAAUUUGCGAGGCAUUUAUCUACUUGGUCUUCUGUUGUUCAAGUUACUGUUGUAAACUGUGCUGAUGAUAAGAACAUGCCACUUUGUCGUGAACAUUCUAUAGCAGCCUUCCCUACUAUUAAGUAUUUUAAAUAUCAAGCAGUUGAUAAGAAUGACGGAAUUCCGUAUUCGGGUAACAAACAUGAGUUAGCGCAGAUGGAGUUGGAUGUUGCGGCUCUUGUUCAAGCCGAUUGGGAGAGGCAAAGUCCUCCCGAUUGGCCUUCGUUUAAUGCCAUUGAAAAUUCUGAAACCUUGGAUGACAUGUGGGCCAAAGCAGGCGAUGCCAGCUUCAUAGGACUUACUUUCCAAGAAAACCCUUCAACCAUGGCGUGGGCUAAUAUUAUCAACUUCCAUAAGGACAGAAAUGCUCUGCUAAAGCUCGCACGACCUCAACAUCCUCUGGCCGUUCAAUCUUUCGCUGACAAUGCUAAUAACCGAUUUGUUUUAUACACGAAAAAUAACCCGAAGCCUGUGUGGGAGAGCCCUGAGAAUGUUAACUGGGUUGAAAUUCAAGAGAAAAUUAAUGAACUUGUAACAGAAGUUGGUGGAGCCUUCCCUGCUCCGGUUGAAGUACAACCUGUUCUAAGGGAAUCUCAAGCUGUUUCUCCAAAUUCAGCAGCUGUAGAUCUAAGUCAAUACCAAGUUCAACUAUUGGAUCUCCAGAGUACACUAAGUUACAUGCUUUACAAAGAAAUUCCUAGAAGGAAUGAAAUUGGCGGAGAAGAUCUUGCUGGUUUGAAACAGUGGACCCAUACACUCAAGAAGUAUGCUCCUGGUACAACUCCAAUGAGAAGACUGUUAUAUCGCCUUGAUGAAUGGCUUCAGUUGAAGAAUCAAGUAACUGCCGAUGAGUGGACUGUCAAAAUUGAUGAGCUACAGUCUGAUUUGGGAAAUCCUCUCCCUAAGGAGGUUAAAUGGGUUGCAUGUACAGGAUCAAAACCAAACUUACGAGGAUAUACAUGUGGAUUAUGGACUCUAGCUCAUGCAAUUUCAGCUGAAGCUUAUAAAUCUGAGAAACAAAACACUAAUUUCCGUCCUGUUAUUGAAAUACUUGAACCUUUCAAGCAGUUUAUCACGAGGUUUUUGAGUUGUUCAGAAUGUGCUCAAAACUUCGCCAAAGAAGCUGAAAAUCAUCAACUUCAUCUUGUAACUCGUGCAGAAGACACUGUCAUGUGGCUAUGGAAAGUUCACAACUUUGUGAAUAAACGACUUUCCGGUUCAGCUAGCGACGAUCCUAAGCACCCCAAACAACAAUUCCCCCCGAAGGCUGUCUGUCCUGAGUGCUUUGACGCUGCUGGUAAUUAUGAUGAAUCGAAAGUGUUUGAUUUCGUAAACAAAUACUAUUUGGACAUUAAACAAGAUAAAAUCCAACCUGAAUCAGGAUAUAAUGUGAAAUCAUAUAAGGAUGGAAAGCUGGAAGCUGUUGGAAGUCGUCAUCUGAAUCCAAAAUUCGCAAUUCAUGCUGAAAAGGUUGACAGGCUUGAAGCUGCUGAGAAUCGUUUGAGAAAAGAGUUGGAUGCGAGUCCUCAGCGUCAAUGGAGAGAUAUUGAAGGAUAUGAUGGAUACAAAAAUGCUGCUCAGUCAAGCCGAGCACAUUUCUAUCUCAUUUGGUUGUCUGUAAUAGGAUUGGCCGGGAUAUUCGUGUAUUGUAAAUAUCGAAGAAACAGGUCGAAGUUCUGGAAGACUUUCUACUACCACAACGACUUCAAAUUGUGUCCAUGGUCUUCUGGAAGCCAAGCCAAGCAGUAUACGGCGUAA